GCAGCCACUGCGAGCACAGCUGGAUCUGCCAACCACAUGCACAGGAGUUUGAGAGGCUACUCUGGCCUUGAAAAUAGAUCCUUCUUAAAAGGAUUUUCAUUCCUCCUCAAGGGAAUGAAAACCCAUUGAUAUAAAACCCCACUUGCCUUCCGGCUUCCCCUGCUAACUGCCCCUUCAGCAGAGACAGAGUGUUGAUAAAUACAGGGGAAAGGAAAAAAUCCUGAUGCACAGCCAGCCAUCUUCAGCAAUCUACUUGCUCACAACGAGGGACGCAGGUGCUGCAGAUGCUGACUCAGUCCGGGCCAUUAAGAUUUACAAAGCCGGAAGCAGUUUGGAAACUAUGGGCAGGGCACGCAGGCCUCCUCCAGGGGAGCACCGACACUGCGAGAGAUGCUUCAACCGGCACUGCCACCUUCCCGUGGAGCCCAGCAUCUCCUGCCUGGUGAUAAGCUGCCACCUGUCCUGUGGCGCUACCUUCCACAUGUGCAAAGAGGCAGAGCACGAGCUCCUCUGCCCUUUAGAGCAGGUUCCAUGCCUCAACUCCGAAUACGGCUGCCCCCUUUCCAUGCCCCGCCACAAACUGGCCAAGCACCUGCAAGUGUGCCCUGCCAGCGUGGUCUGCUGCUCCAUGGAGUGGAACCGCUGGCCAAACGUGGACUCAGAAACAACCCUUCAUGAGAACAUCAUGAAAGAGACCCCCAGUGAGGAGUGCCUGGACACAGCCCUGGCCCUCCAGGACCAGAAGGUCCUUUUCAAAUCUCUAAAAAUGGUAGAACUUUUCCCAGAAACUAGAGAACCCACUGAGGAGGAACCAACCCUGAAUGGUGAAGCCAGCUGGGAGGAAACAGGAGGAGCUGUUGGUGGAGCGGAUGCUGGUCUGGUAACACUGUCAGCUGCGAACGGAGAGGGGGCAGAGCUGAGUCAAGAAGAAAGAGAGAUGUUAGCUAAAACCAAAGAAGGGAUGGACCUGGCCAGGUUUGACAAGUGGGAAAAUAUGUUCAGCAAAGAGCAUGCGGCUUCUGCUUUAACAAGCUCAUCAGUGCGCUGUGAGGGCAAGAGCAAGGAUGGCCCAGAGAAAGAACAGAUUUCCAGUGGCAAUGACACAGUAGAAGAGGGAGCAGCCAAAGGGAAAGAACCACAGGAAGAGCAGAAGCAGCAGGACUUUUCUGCAGCCAUAGAAAAGACAGGGCUUGCCCCUUGGCAGGAUGGGGUCCUGGAAAGACUAAAAACAGCUGUGGAUGCAAAGGACUAUAAUAUGUACCUGGUGCACAAUGGGAGGAUGCUUAUUCACUUUGGUCAGAUGCCUGCUUGUACACCUAAAGAGAGAGACUUUGUUUACGGCAAACUUGAGGCUCAGGAAGUGAAGACUGUUUACACCUUUAAAGUUCCUGUGAGCUAUUGUGGGAAGCGGGCUCGCCUUGGAGAUGCUAUGUUGAGUUGUAGGCCAAGUGAACACAAGGCAGUAGAUACUUCAGAUUUAGGCAUCACUGUGGAGGAUCUGCCCAAAUCAGAUCUCAUCAAGACCACCCUUCUGUGUGCUUUGGAAAGAGAACUCAAAGGUCAUGUCAUCUCUGAAUCUAGGAGCAUUGAUGGCCUGUUCAUGGAUUUUGCUACACAGACAUACAGUUUUGAGCCAGAGCAGUUUUCCUCUGGGACAGUGCUGGCUGACCUCCUAACCAGUGCCAACCCGAACGGGCUCCAUGUGGAGCUCCACAGUGAGUGUGUCACUAGGAGGCACAACAAGAGCAGUUCUGCCUUUACUUUCACUUGCAACAAAUUCUUCAGGAGGGAUGAGUUCCCCCUACAUUUCAAGAAUGUCCACACAGACAUUCAGUCAUGUCUCAAUGGCUGGUUCCAGCACCGAUGCCCCCUUGCCUACUUGGGAUGCACCUUUAUUCAAAACCACUUCCGUCCUCCAGGGCAAAAGGCAAAAGUGAUCUAUAGUCAAGAGCUCAAUACCUUUGCCAUCAAGCCAGAGGUUGCUUCAGAGCUGAGUGAGAGAUGGAAGAACAGCCAUCUCUCAGGCCAUGGAGGAAAAAGCCAGAAUUCUCUAACCAGCCUACCCCUGGAGGUUUUGCAGUACAUUGCUGGGUUCUUGGACAGCAUUAGCCUGUCCCAGCUCUCCCAGGUGUCUGUGCUGAUGAGAAAUAUCUGUGCCACUUUGUUGCAAGAGAGAGGGAUGGUCCUCUUGCAGUGGAAGAAGAAGAGGUAUUCCCAUGGAGGCACCUCCUGGAGAAUUCACAGAAAGAUCUGGCAAUUCAGCAGCCUCUUCUCCAAAAUCAAGAGCUGGGAGUUUAAUGAAGUUGCCUCCAUGUCUGAGCACCUGAAGUCCUGUCCUUUCAACAUUGUAGAGCACAAGACUGACCCGAUUCUUUUGACCAGCAUGUGUCAGCCCCGUGAGCAGGCCCGAGAGACCUUAGUCUCCACCUUCAGAGCCAGAACACGAGGAAGACACGCCUACUAAAGAUUCAGAGUUCACCAUUCUUGAUUCCCACUCAGAGUUACUGAAAGUCGGACAGAGUGUGGUUUGGAGGACUUCCUUCUGUAAACUGUAAAUGUGCUUAUCUGGGUGUUUUGGAACAUGCAGUGGCCUUUAAAACCUGAGCAGUUGCACAAGGUCUAAAGCUUACAUAACUGGUAUAGUGACAUGCUGAUAACCUAUCCCCCCUCCUUUUUUUUUUUUUUUUUUCUAAAAUAAAUCAGUCUGCAAAGUAAAUAGGUAACUUGAGGCUAUUUGGAAGAUAAGCUCAAGUCCUUAGGAGACGAGCAGUGAAAUUCCAUAACCAGCCCAGACCUGUGCUUUUGUGGAGAGCUUUUCCAUUUAUAAGCACUUUGAAUGAUAUGAAGCAGCCAAGGUAGGGAUGGGGACUGAGGGGCCUCCCAGGGCACCUAGAGUACAGGGCACAGUUUGAAGAUUUUAUAGCUGGUGUUGUCUUGACAGCCAAGUCCAGGCCUUCUUUUAGUUGCCCCAUUGCCUCUAAGCUCAGACAGUCUAAACACAGCCUGACAGAAUAGAGACCUAGGCUAAGAACAGCAGCCUUGGGGACACCAAAGACCAAAGGAUGAGAGGCAUAAAUGAGGUUGCAGAGUUUGUGGUAUAGAGUCUUGGCAACAUAUAAAAGGACAGCCUUGAAAAAUGAAGAAAAAUAUAAAGGAGAUACUAUAUUUAUGGAGAAAUUUUGGACAAAAAGCCACAGCUCACUUUCAAACAUUUUAACAGUGACUUAAGAGUCAAAGUUUUUUCCUCCGAAAAUUAUAGUCUAGGUCUGGAUUAGGGAGAGCACAGGCAUGGACUAGCGCCCCGCUGAGCUAUGUGAAAUGAUCUCAGAACACUAACACCAACUUCAGCGUCAUGCCAGCCUGCACAGUGUAGCCCAAAGAGACUGUGCAAAAGUCCAGAGACAAGGCCCACUGCAGUUCCUGUGGUACCAACCACCAGGUCCUAGACACCACUUGAGUACUUCAUGAGGGACCUUGGGAAGGAAGACAUCUGAACAUAGUGGUUCCCCAUAAUUGCUCUUACCUACUGCUGGUUAUGACUCCAUUCUGUCAAAAAUGGGUGACACUUCUGGGUUUUGGUAACAAAUAGUCAAUACUUAUGAGAACAAAAUAAGAUAAAAAUACACAACAGAAACUCACAUCCCCUAAAGCAGGGUUUCAUAGAACUGUUGACAUUUUAGGCUAGAUAAAUCUUUGUCACGAGGAACUGUCCUGUGUGUAAUAGGAUAUUUAGCAAUAUCCUUGACCUCUAUAUGAUAGAUGUCAGUAGCACCCCACAGCUAUAAAAACCAAAAAUGUCUCCAGACAUUGCUAAAUAUCCUCUGGGAGCAAAAUCAAUCCUAGCUGUGAACCACUACCCUAAAGAACAACACACCAGUGGCAGUAAAAUAGGGUAUGCUUUUUUAGUAGAGCAAGAUCUUAUCUCACACAGUUAUCUACAAUGGUCAUGAUUUCAUGCAGCUCUUUUUUUUUUUAUUUACUAAAUAGAUUUCAGGCACAUGAUGAUUUUAA